AUGCCUGAAUGCUCCAAGGUAUUCAGAUACACUACGAGGUUGCAAGUCCUGAUCCUGGCGCUGCUCUGCGUCUAUCUGACAGUCUUUUCGUUCACCGGGAUCACCUACAAGACUUGGAUUACACCAAUCAAAGGCACCGACUUGCACAACACCCGCAGCGGUAUUGGUGGCUUCGCCGAUCGCGUUGGUGCUUUUGCCUUUGCGUUGACCCCACUGACUAUCGCCCUGUGUAGCCGCGACUCUAUGCUCAGCAUGGUCACAGGUAUCCCAUAUCAGAGCUUCAACUUCUUGCACCGCUGGACGGGCCGCAUCAUCCUUGUCCAAUCUUUCGUACACGCGAUCAUAUGGACGAUCGUCGAAGCAAAGCUUUACCAGCCGCAACCAACAACGUACAGAGAAUUCAUCAGCCAGAAGUACAUGAUCUGGGGGUGUGUUGCGCAAGGCUUCAUCACCUUCUUGUUUGUGUUCAGUCUCAGGCCGGUAAUCCGCUGGACGGGUUAUGAGUUCUUUCGCAAAUCGCAUCUCAUCGUCGCUGGCCUCUAUCUGGGAGCCUGCUGGGGCCACUGGGAGAAACUUUCGUGCUGGAUGAUUGCAUCAUUAGCCAUCAUGGGCUUCGAUUUGGUCGCCCGCAGCGUCCGCACUUGGCUCAUCCACACCGGAUACAAGGACGGAAGUCUCGGUCUUGGUUUCCGCUCCAUUCCAACAACCAUGGAAACAUUCAAGGACCCAACCGGUACCAUUAUUCGCAUGACAUUUGCUCACAGCCACAAGGCCUGGGAGAUUGGUCAGCACUACUACCUGACGUUCCCUGCGCUCAACAUCUGGCAAUCGCAUCCUUUCACCCCGGCCUCCAAUCCUACAAGUUCUUCGCCAGUACAGAGUCACACAUACAUCAUCCGUGCCUGCAAAGGCGAAACUGCCAAGCUUGCUGCUCUCGCUGAACAAGCCGCCAUGUGCUACCCACGUCGCGAUGCCUCGACGCCAGUCAUAAUGAUGGGACCAUACGGCAGCACAAUCACGAACGACGAGGUCUCGAACGUUCUCACUGUUUCCGGUGGUACCGGUAUCACCUAUACUCUUCCCGUCAUCAUGCACGCAUUAAGCGAUGCAUCCCCUGCGCGCAACAUCGAACUUGUCUGGACAGUAAGGCACCUCGAGAACCUUGCCUGGAUCGCACCUGAACUCGCUUAUCUCAAGUCACAACUUGAUGGUGCUGGUGCUGGUGCUGGUCGACACUACACCGAGGACAAGCUAGAGAAGGCACCAAUAGUAUCGGUGGAGGCGAAGAAGCGCUUCAGGAUUCGCAUCUUUGUGACUCGACCUGAUACGACGAAGUACCAAAAGCCAUCUCAUCAGCUCCACGAUGGAAAAGACAAAGACUUCGGUGAUGGCGGCUCAUUGUCGCAAACUUCUUCCGUUGACUCCGUGUCUCUCGACCGCAAAGUUGAGGAGCUCAGCCGCCAAUGCCCUAACUUCACCAUCACAUGGCUUAACAACACACGACCGGACAUCCCCUCCUUGGUCGACACUUUCAUGACCGAGACGGUCGAGAAGGGUAGGACGCAAGUCAUCGGAUCGGGCCCGCCUGAGCUAGGAACUCAGCUUAGGGCUGCUGUUGCGGCGAAGAACGUGCCUGGGAACGUUUGGCGAGGCGAUGAGGCGAGUGAUGUUGAGUGCGUCUGGGACGAUCGCAUGGGUUAA